AUGUUAAUUGGUCAAAGUUUCAUGGGAAGUAUUUCAGUCUUUUUUGAAUUUUUCGUCUGUCCAUCAGCAGCAAUUCUUGGUCUUGGUAUCGCAUCAUAUGCAAAGAACAGUGAUUAUUACGUGAUGAUAGUUGGUGCAGCAUGUCUUGCUGGUUCUAUUUUAAUAUUAUUAAUUUUAUUUUGUUGUCAUCCAAUCCAACAUUACCCAUUCAGGCAUAUUGGUAAAAAUACGAAAUUAGGCCUUUUGCAUUUAGCUGGUACUGCAAUUUUCUUAUUUUUGGGAAUUGCAAGUUCUGGGAUAAUCAAGGUUAGAUUUUUCGAGGGCAUUAAGGAAACAUAUUUUCCUAUUGGAACAGUAAUUUUUUACAUAAUUGCAGUAUUAUAUUUUAUUUAUGCUUGUUUCAGGAUGACAAACAAAGGUGCAAUUAAGUUAAGCAGGCUAAAAGUAUUGCUACGAUUAAAUGUAAUGAAAUUUGUGUUCGUUCUUUAUAAUGCAGCUUAUUUGCCAGUUUUCCAAUCAAUUCUUUAUUCAACAAUGGUCAUCAAAGAUGUAUGUCCACCAGGAACAUAUCCAUACUCGUAUGCUGGCGGUAACGUUUUCGCAUCUAGAUAUUUUUCAUGCAUAACGAAUGAAAAUAUUUCAGAAAGCAAUAGUGAAACAAGAUUUAGGUUUAAUCUUGCAACAAAAACAGCUGAAUGGAAGUAUGAAUAUGCGCCACAAAUUGUUUUCUGUAUUAUUUUCAUUACCAUUGCUUAUCCUGUCGUCAUUUACUUCAUUAUCAAAAAACUUUAUGAUGAAUAUGGAGACCAAGUUUACAAAAUGGAAAACGCAGGAGCAAGUUUAUUUAAAGAUUAUAAGUAUAAGCACAGGUUUUGGCCUCUUGUUCAACUAUUAUAUAAGUUGAUUAUUGCUACAAUCACAAUCCUUGCCAACUUGUAUGUUCCUGGAUUGGUGUUUUUGCUUACCUUUAUUUAUAUUGGAUAUGGAGUAUUGAUUUUCUUCAUAAAGCCAUACAAAAAUAAGUAUAACAACUGGAUUGAAAUUGCAGACAAUGGAUUAAGUGCAAUUUUCUCAUUAUUACCUGUUGCAGCUGCGUUUGGUGCAAAUGUUGCUCCACUUGCAAUGACUAUUUUGAGUGUAAUUGAAACAGUUUGUUCCUUGGGAAUUUCAAUUGCUGCAUUUAUCCUUGAUAAGAAGAAAGGUAAAAAAGAAGAGACAACAAGGAAAGUAAAAGAACUUGAAGCAAAUUAUCUUAUGGAGAAGCCGCUUAUACAUUAUACACUGUACUUCUCUUUGUUUGGCUUUCUGAUAUUUGGAUUUUUCCUUGGUAAUCUUGCUUAUUUUCAAAAACCAACUAUCGAUUUCGAAUAUAUUCCUACGAAUACUUGUGUAUUCCUCGAGUAUCAACCAAAAAUGGACUUUUUCAAUACUGAUGAAUGUACUCAUUUUGGUGAAGCUAUCGAUUAUAUGUUUUAG